AUGUCAUCACCAUCUAAACGUCUUCGUAAACAUUCACAAAAUGAAUUUAUAUCAUUAAUGAUAUCAUCUAAACGUUUACCAUCAUCAUCAUAUAAUCAAAUAACUGAAUUAAAUUUAUCAAAUUUACAAUUAAUUAAAAUUGAUUCAUUUCCAUUUGAAUAUUUGCCAAAAUUAAUUUCACUUGAUUUAUCAUAUAAUCAAUUAAUUUCAAUUAAUUAUGAUUGGUCAAAAUCUCAUGAGAAUUUUAUUGAAAAAUUAAAUAUAAGUCAUAAUAAAUUAGAAACAUUAUUAUUUCUCAAAGAUUUUAAACAUAUAAAAACAUUAAAUAUAACUGAAAAUUUAUUUGGAAAUAUUGAAAAAUUUUUAUCAUUGUAUUUAUGUCCAACAAUUGAACAUUUUAUUGAUUCAAAUUAUGAUCAAAUUGAUGAUAAUCAAUUAAAGUUAGAUCAAUGGUUACAAUUAAUUGAAACAAAAAUUGAUCGUUUAUGGUCAUUAUCAUAUUAUGAUAAAUAUAAACAAGAAUCAAUUAAUGAUAAAAAUAAUCAUAUUAUUAAACAAUUACUUGAUGAUUUUCGUCAUACUAUGAUAAAAAUUUUUGAAAAACAACAUAAUUUUUCUCAAAUACAUUUAUCACCAUUAGCUAAUUAUUUAAUUGGUAUUAAAAUUAAUGAACUUUGUGAAUCAUUACCAAAAAAAAAUCAAUCAAAAAAAAGUUUAAAAACACAUUUAACUGAGGAUUUCAAUGAUUUAAUGAAUACAAAAACUUAUUUUGAACCAAUUAAAUUUCUUCGUUGUCAUCAAACAUCUGAUAAUGAUUUAACAACAAUAUCUGUACGAAUGUGUGCAUUUGAACCAAAUGCAUCUAAUCAUAUAUUGGCUAGUUGUGGUGGUCAAAAAAUAUGUUUUAUUGAUUGUGAUGCAUGUGAAGUAACACAUCUAUAUGAAGUACCUUCAUUACGUUCAACUGCAAUACCAAUUGGACGAAAGAUAAAAGAUAAAAAUGAUAAAACAAAUGGAGAAUAUUUUUCAUGUUUAUGUUGGAUAGAAAUUCCACAAGAAAAUGAAACUUUGAAAGUAUUAGCAGUUGGUGCAACAAAUGGACAUAUUUAUCUUAUAUCAUAUAAAUGGAAAAUUAUGUUUGGACAUAUUGAAUUACCUAGUUCAUCAAUUAGUUGUUUAACUUGGCAUUCAACAGAUUCAUCAACAUUAGUCAUUGGUUCCUAUCAUAGUGUUCGUUACCUUAAUAUUCAAUCCUAUAUUGAUCGUUUUCUAUCAUUUAUUCGUAAGAAAACGUCACCAACCGCACAAUUUGAUUAUGUUGAAUCAACAAUGGUUGUGAAUAAAAUUUCCUCAACACAUGUUUAUAAUUUUGAUAAUGGUGAUGAUACAAUUCUUCAUAUAACUGAUUUACUUUUUUAUCCAUUAUCAAAAACAAAUAUUCCACUUCUAGUUGGUACAAGUUCAGGUUUAUUUAUUAUACAAAAACAAAUUCCAAUGAGAUUAACAUUUCCAAAAUCCAUGUGUACAGUUGGAGAACAUAUUGAAUCAAUUCGUUUAAUUGAUAGUCAAACUCAUUUAAUUGCAAUAAAUAUUCUUGGUUUUGAUCAAAUAUGUUGUUUCGAUCUUGAGCAAACUCUUCCAAAUCAACAAUUACAUAUUAUUCUUACAUUACCAAAUCCUUAUCGACAGAUUCCAACGAAAAUGGCAAUAUGUUUAACAAAUAAUGAAAAUGAUCAUACACCAACAACAAUGUCAUUUGAAUGUAUCAUUGGUAGUGAUCAUGGUUCAUUUUAUUGUCAUCAAAUUCGAAUGAAUUCAAUCAAUAAAAAACUUAAAAAACCAACAUUUGAUAAUAAACGUUAUGAAAUAUCAUGGCCACAAGCUAAAACAUCUACAAUACCUAGUCUUCUUUCAGCUAGUCUCAAUGAGAAUUAUCUUUGUUUAACAACAAAUAAUAAUUUGAUAUGUAUAUAUAAACGAAAGUAA